UGUCCUGCCACAAGGUAGGGGGACUUGCGUUGGGGACUGUCCCACCCUUAUUCCCGCGAGAAGGGCGCGGCGGGUUUCAUGGAGCCAGCUGUCGGCUGCAAUCGCGCACCGCGUCUGCGUUAACCAGCGUGUCCCCGGCACCAUGGCGUCUGGCGAGGAGGACGGCCCGGUGGAGGAGAAGGAAAACAACAACAAGAAGAGAACCAAAAGCGCCCUCGCCACCGCAUGGCUCACAUUCUACAACAUCGCCAUGACGGCCGGGUGGCUAGUUUUGGCAAUGGCGAUGAUUCGGUUUUACAUCCAGAAGGGCACACACAAGGGCCUGUACAGAAGUAUAGCAAGGACACUGAAGUUUUUCCAGACCUUUGCAUUAGUUGAGGUGGGACAUUGCGCCAUUGGUAUUGUGAGGACUUCUGUGAUUGUGACCGGGGUUCAAGUGUGUUCACGGAUUUUCAUGGUUUGGUUCAUCACCAACAGCAUCAGACAGAUCCAGAAUGAAGAAAGCGUCAUCCUCUUCCUGGUUGUGUGGACGGUGACAGAGAUUACCCGCUAUUCCUACUACACAUUCAACCUGCUCAACGCCCUGCCAUACUUCAUCAAAUGGGCCAGAUACAACCUGUUCAUCAUCAUGUACCCCCUCGGAGUAGCUGGAGAGCUGUUUACCAUUUACGCUGCCCUGCCAUUCGUACGCAGAACUGCAAUGUACUCAAUGAGGCUUCCCAACAAGUAUAACGUCUCCUUCGACUACUACUACUUCCUCAUCAUUGUCAUGCUGUCCUACAUCCCACUGUUUCCUCAGCUCUUCUUCCACAUGCUUCGGCAGAGGAGGAAGGUGCUUCACGGGGAGGUCAUAGUGGAGAAGGACGAGUAGUACCGUCGUUACACAGCUGUCAUUCGAGGACAGCCAGCCAGCCUUCAUGCCCCCGCCCCAUUGUCCCCCACUUCACCUCCACCCACUAUUUUUGCCAUUUUUUGCCACCUCAUCUUCGAUAUUGCUGCCCAUCACAUUCUCCAAUGCCGGGAGAAGCUGGACAGCUCACAACAACCAGCUGACAGCGUGUGAUGACACUGCAGACAUCAACCGCCACCCAACAGAACUGGAGUUAAACACAGUCCCAACUGAUAAACGGACGUAAACACGGGAAUUGAUAAUAAAUGCAAAAGGAGUACACCACUAGUGAACAACAACAACAACAACACAACUAUGGUCACAACCGACGAAGGUUCACCCUUGUAAUUGCGGUAUUAAUUUAUUAAGAGAUAACUGCUUUCAGGACGGCCCGUGGAAAUGGGAAGAUGGGAGACUGCCGUGGUUCCCCCUUUCUGUUCCCAGUGCAAAGAAAAUGUCUUGAAUUAUUUUAUCCACCAUCCUGCCUUAACCACAUCUAGCUGAAGCACCGUAACGUGAAAGCAGUCUUCAAUUACCUUUAACAUAAAAGUACUGCAACACUGAGUCAAGAUACUGCACCCACCUUUUGUACGAGGGUGAGGGAAAUAUAGGGUUUAAGGGAAAGGUGCAAUGAAAGUAAGUGCGGAAAGAAAAUAGGUGUGUCCCCUUAGCCCCCCCCCCACAAAAAUUGGCUAUUUUUCUCAUCUUUUUCCACCACAGCGAUUUUUUUACUACGUAAAUAGCUUGUGGCAAUAAGUGCUAGACAAAAGGUUUCAAACGAUAUUCAGUUACAUUAUACCUCAACAAUAAACAGACAUUUGGGAAAUAUACUGCUGCUUUUGUGUAUGUUUGUUAUAUGUUAUGUGUAAACGGCACAAUGUGAAUUGACACCGGCGGUUAGUUGUGCAUCAAUUCUAUAUGACUUAACUUAUUCACAUAUCACUUAGUUGGAAGAAUUUGACUGUUCUGAAACAGAAACAGUCUUGCUUGUUGAAUGAAUGUAGGCCGGAGUUAGUUAGAGUAGGUGCAGCUCAAGUUCAACACUCUUUCUGCUUUGCACAGCGAUAAUGUUCUUUUAUGUGGCUUUAAUGUUUACCGUGUGAAACCAGAGUGCAUCUUAAAACAAAGUUCAAUAUUCAAAAGGGACAUCUCUGUGUGUGUCAGCCACUGUAGCCUAAACUAUAAUAGGUAAAUCUACAGAGGUAGUUCAUUAAAGUUUUUGUGAGCACUUGCAGCAUUCGUUCACCGUAUUUGUCUACAGCAUCUGUUUCUUGACUCUGUUAUCCAUGUUGAUAGUAAAGUAGAUAGAGUCCCCCCCCCCCUUACUAAAGGUGCUAUUGUGAGAUCAUUUCAAUCUUCUGUGCAGCUGAAGGAGUGACUGUGAUUGGACGGAACCUAGAGAUGGAAAGCAGAAUGUGAAAUGAUUGGGAGAAUUUUUUUUUUUUGGACUUAACUAAUGUUAGCCAAUGCACUGCAAUACGUAACCGAUGGAACAGUCUGUGGAAUGAAUUAGCGUCACGCUAACACUCUGGAUUAGAAAAAUAAAAAAACAAAAACAAAAGUCGUGUCAAAAACCACCUGAGUAGAAUUUUUUUUUCUCAAGUGCAACAAUAAUAAUGUAAAAACACAUUUUGUGCAAAAUCAAAUAAACUCGACUGUA